AUGCAGACCGGAUCGGCGAAAGGGACAGCGCACGUUGGUAGGGUGUUGGAAAAGAUUCUUUCAGCAAAAACCCAUCAAGAGCCAAGCUUAUCCGCACUCUCAUUUGUCGUUCCACCACGUUCGUUCCUUCUUAAUAUCAUGUGUGGUGUUUUAGGUCUUCUUCUGCACGAUCCAUCAGUGGACGCAGCUCCAGAAAUAUGCGAGGGUCUCUCACUACUCCAGCACAGGGGUCAAGAUGCUUGUGGUAUUGUGACUUGCGGCCACAAAGGCCGCUUUUACCAAUGCAAAGCCAAUGGCAUGGUUAGAGAUGUGUUCGACGAGACAUCAAUAUCGCGACUCACAGGCGGUAUGGGGAUCGGGCAUGUAAGGUAUCCCACCGCCGGUAGCUCCAACCAUGCCGAGGCACAACCUUUCUACGUCAACUCGCCGUAUGGUAUCGUUCUCGCACAUAAUGGAAACUUGAUAGACAGCGCAUCCUUGCUGCAUUUCAUGGAUGCCACUGCACACCGACACAUAAAUACCUCGUCAGAUUCUGAACUUCUCCUAAAUCUGUUCGCCAACAACCUGCAGCAGACGGGGAAAUUUCGAAUCAACGAGGAGGAUAUAUUCACUGCUAUUGGCGGUCUCAUGAAGGAAUGCACAGGUGCAUACGCGUGCACUGCCAUGCUUGCAGGCUUUGGUAUCAUUGCCUUCCGGGACCCUAACGGCAUCCGGCCUCUUGGGAUGGCUUCUCGAAAAAGUGGUACCGGAAAAGAUUACCUUUUUGCAAGUGAAAGCAUUGUCGCCGAUGCCGGAGGUUUCUCUGAGUGGGAGGAUGUCAAACCAGGCGAGGCAAUCAUUAUCACUCGGAGUAGCGUAUCAAGGCGUAUAGUUGCGCAACCCGCGACCUUUGCUCCAGAUAUCUUCGAGUUCGUAUACUUUGCCCGUCCCGACUCGGUCCUGGAUGGAAUCAGCGUCUACCGAAGCCGUAUGGCUAUGGGCGAUGCCCUAGCUGCUGAGGUGGAGAAAGUGCUGAAAGAGCAGAAUAUUUCGGUGGAUGUGGUUAUUCCCGUCCCGGACACAUCCCGGGUGGCGGCCCUAAACCUUGCACAAAAACUCAACCUACCAUAUCGCGAAGGGUUUAUCAAAAACCGAUAUGUUGGGCGUACCUUCAUCAUGCCAGGGCAACAAAUGAGGAAAAAGAACGUACGACGGAAGCUCAACGCCAUGGCGUUGGAAUUUGCAGACAAGAACGUCCUUCUCGUUGAUGACUCUAUAGUGCGUGGGACGACAUCUCGCGAGAUCAUCCAAAUGGCCAAAGAUGUUGGAGCGAAGAAGGUGAUAGUGGCGAGCUGCGCGCCUCCGAUCAGAUAUUCCAACGUGUACGGUAUCGAUAUGCCGUCUCGUAUGGAGCUAGUUGCCCACGGCCGGAAUACUGAAGAGAUAGCUCAGGCCAUUGGUGCUGACCUCGUCAUCUUCCAGACAUUGCCUGAUCUCGUGGCUUCCGUGCGCCAAUUCAAUCAGUCGAUCUCGACGUUCGAUUGCUCUGUCUUUACUGGCGAGUACGUUACUGGAGGGGUGACAGAAGAGUAUCUGCAACACCUAGAGUCUUUGAGGGCGGAUAAUGUCAAGAACAUGGUUCUCGUUGGCGAACUCGGUGCUCAAGAUGGAAAGGGUGGCGGCGGACGAGCCCAAGACCUGACUACAAGUGUUGUGGGCUCGUCGCCCAUGAGCGUAGAUGACACUGUAGGUUUGCAUAACACUUGGAACGUCAAUAAAUGAGCCCGAUUAUCGUAACAUGAUCAGCUGUAGCCCUAAUUGUUAUAUAAGUAUCUACCGUAUCUUUAUCAUUCCUGGUCCUGGGCAGCUUUGAAUAGAGAUUUUAUAGACUUGAUCUGAUCAU